AUGCCGGCAGGUGCCAAGCGCUGCGACGCGCUGCAGCAUUGUCAGCUGGUGCCUGUGCCCACGCUUCCACGGCGCGAGGAAGUUGUGUACUCAAUCAUGCGGAGGCUCAUGGCGGCAGCGGCAGCAGGGUCUGACAACCAGGCAAUGGCCGGCGAUGCCGAGAUCGAUGCUUUGUCCAGAAGGGUUGCCAACUCAACUGCUGGCUACGUCGCCCGCGAUAUCAGUGCUCUUUGUCGACAAGCGUUCCUACGCAUGCUUAGUGAGAGAAACCCGCGCGAUAUAAAAACAAAUGGCGUGGAUGCCCUGGCGGCGGACUUUGUUGGGCAAUCCGGCACUUGUCAGGUUGACACUCUGCCAUCUUGGAGUCAGUUCGCGGCAUCUCUGCAAGCGGUGCGGCCCUCACAGCAGAUGGAGUUUGAAGGUGUGCGGCCAACCAAGCGCUGGUCUGAUAUUGGCGGCUACGAUACCAUCAAGCAGUCUUUGCAGCGGUUUAUGCGACUGGCUACCACUGAAAAUUCAUCAUCCUUGGGCAUCAAUCCGCCCUCGGGAAUCUUGCUGUACGGACCGUCAGGGUGCGGCAAGACAGCCAUGGCGCUGGCUAUGAUUGGCGAAAGUGCCUGUAAUGUGAUAUAUAUCCGCGGGUCAGAGCUUUUUUCAAAGUAUCUUGGUGAGACAGAGGCCCGGCUUCGGCGUCUGUUUCGUGCGGCGCGGGCGGCAGCACCGUGUAUUGUUUUCAUGGACGAGAUUGACUCGAUAGCGGCCAAGCGCGAGUGGUCCUCAGUUGAAAGUGGCGGCCCGGCGUUGCGUGUGCUGAGCACAUUGCUUAAUGAGAUGGACGGUGUGCAUGAGACAAGGGGCGUGAUUGCCGUGGGAUGCACUAACCAAUUGGACAGAAUCGACGACGCUAUUGUGAGGCCAGGGCGAUUUGACCAGCUCGUCAAAGUGAAUAUGCCAUCACUGCAAGACCGCGUGGGCAUUCUACAGACGUUGGGAAGAAACUCACCAUUGAAUGAUGAUGUGUGCAUUGAUGAGCUCGCGCAGAUGACCGAAGGAUAUAGCGGAGCAGGGCUCGAGCAGCUGUUCAGGGAAGCUGGGUUGGCGGCCAUGCGCCAGAACCAAUCUGCAGAUGCAUUCAGUAUGUCAGACUUUAUUAGCGCAUUUGAUAGGAUCAGUGGCGCGUGAGAGCAAAAGAAAAAAGACAAAGACAGGUCAGUGGGCGGUGUGGAAUGCGCAUACAUGCAGGUUGUCAUUAUUUAAAUUUAGUUAUUCGAUUUAAUUGAUUGAUAUUGGC